AUGGGCUCAAUAUGCUUUAGACCUGCGGUCGAUAGCGCGGGACAAAUUACCGCAACCAGGCCCAGAGCCGACACCGUCUGGCUCUACACGCGCUCUUACAGGCUCACUUCUUCGGCCUGGGUCUUGGCACCACACCAGAUACGGCUGUUGCGAGCGAUGCGAUGCUUGAAUGCUUCGAUACGGCUGACGCUGGCCACAUGCCAGGCACCUCAGCUCUAUCUUCUCGGCCUUGCCUUGCACGGCGUUGCGUUGCCCUUCACUGUGCCGCAGGACGUCGUCCGUAAGCGAGAGAGAGCGCCCAUGCUACCCGCGCUGACUGCCCGGCAAGUCUUGGGAGGUCAGAGUGUGGGCAACAAGAUUGCUGUGGCACCGGUCGAAUCCACCGGGGACCCCGAGUCAGACCAAAGAGGCCGCGAGAGAUAA